AUGCACUAUAAUGCCUUAGCCUUUUCGGUCAAUGGUCUGCCCACUAUGAAGGCCUUAAAGGCAGAGGAUGCUCCCUUUGCUGAAUAUAUUGAGCAGGCCAUGCGUAUAAUCGAGUUAUCUUCUUGUGUUCGCUUUGUGCCCGCUACUGACGAGGAAGUCUAUUUAUUUGCCAUUCCGUCUACCAACGGUUGUAGCGCAAAUUUGGGCUAUGGAAAAAAGGUUCGAUUUCUGUAUCUUACACCUGUUGGGCUUGAUAAGGGCUGCUUCAAAAUACCAGUCAUUCAGCACGAGCUCCUCCAUAUCUUGGGCUUUCAGCAUCAGCAGAGCUCCCCGGAUCGGGAUGAGUACGUAAUGAUUAUGGAGGAAAAUAUCAUUGAGGGUCGCGAACACAACUUUGCGAAGCUAGAUUCCUCUAAAUAUGGAAACUAUGAUCAACCAUAUGAUUAUGGCAGUCUUUUGCACUAUGCUCCUUAUGCAUUUUCGAAGAAUGGUGAGCCCACUAUUGUGGCUCUCAACCCAGAGGGUCAAAGCCAAAUGGGUCAACGGGUAAAGAUGUCUGAGGUUGAUAUUAACAGACUUAAUACCAUGUACAAGUGCCCCAUUCAAACGUAA